GUCACCGCUCGCUCUUUUUCUCUUUUUGUACUCAAAUUAAAAAAGAAAAUAAAAAACUGCUGAGCCCGGUCGAGACAACUAGGGUUUAGUCCCCUCCUCCUCCUCCUCUCUCUCGCUAGGAUUUCCGAUGGCGGAAACCAUCUGCAGGUCCCUGAGGGACGGAUCUCUCGAGGGAGAGCAGGCCCCAGCCCUCACCAUCAAAGACUCCCUCCAAAGCCCUCUCGGUUCCCACGUCUUCGAUCACUUCCUCUCUACCCUCGUUUCCCACAUCUCCGCUGGAAGAUCUCAAGCCAGCGGUCUGGUUCUCGUUGCGUUUAAUCGGAGCCCGUCUUUCUACUUGGAUUUGUUCAAGAGAAAAGGAUUAGAUGCCUCUCCGGUCGAUAAAUCGUUUCGGAUCUUGGAUUGCUUUUCGGAUCCACUCGGGUGGAAGGACCGGCUUGUGGACUCAGCGAGUGCGGAGAAGUCCAUUUUGAAGGACUCUGCUACUGUUUUCAAGAAUGUGAGGGAUGUCAAUAAGUUGUCGUCUUCGAUUCUUGAUCUUGGAAAUGGGUUUAUUGGGGAAGGCAAGGUUCGGUUUGCUGUCGCCAUUGACUUGGUUAGUAAUAUGCUGAGGCAUGUUUCAUUACCAUCUGUUGCAGGCUUACUUAAUAACCUUCGCAGCAAUGAUCGAAUUUCAUGUAUCUUUUGGUUAAUACACUCAGACCUUCAUGAACCCAGGGCCUCUGCAGCUCUUGAAUAUAUUUCCACUAUGGUUGCCAGUUUAGAACCAAUGAUGCAAUCUAGUGAUGGGCAAAAAACUUCAGGAAGCUUGCUUUGGCUUGAAGAAAAUUCUCGUAAAGCAAAGUUUCAUGUGCGUCUGAAGCGUCGUAAUGGACGAGUUAAACUGCUUUAUGAAGAACUACAUAUGGAACAAGCUGAGAUUAGAUUUGAAGCAGCAUCUUCUGUAAAGACAAUAGUCGAUCAAAACCUCCUGCCAAGGGUUCAAUUCAAUCUCCAGCUAUCAGAUAAGGAACGAGCUGACAGGUCAAACGUUGUCCUUCCAUUUGAACAUCAAGGAAAUGGUGAGGCUAUACAGAUAUAUGAUGGGCGGCGAUCCCUUUCUGAGGGCCAGAAAGAUCCCCAUUUGAUGCAGCCUUCUGCGUUUUCUCAUAAAAUGGACGCUCAGUCCAAUAAUGAUAAGGGUGAAAUACAUUAUAUUCGUGAUUCAGAUGAUGAGCGACCCGAUUCGGAUGAGGACCCAGAUGAUGAUUUGGAUAUAUAAAACCCUUAUCAUUCAGUGGCUUACUAUGAAAAUUAAAUACGAAACAACUUAAUGUUGCCGUGUGGUGCCAUUCUUCAUAUAUCUAAAAAAGGUCCUUAAGGUGUCAUGAACAAGCAACUUGGUGCUGAGGGAUUCUUGUUUACCUCUGAUUCUGGAACCCAGUUUUGUGAAUAUGCAAGUUAUGAAGAGGAUGUAAAAACGAAUUGUUAUAUAGCAUAGCUGAGUUCUGUUUGUAGGACUAGUAGAAUUCUUGGACCUUUUUAAUGAAAAAAAUUGAUAAUAGAGUUAGGUGUUUAGAUCAAGCAAAAUUCUUUGUGCUGAUAUAAAUCUCUUGGUUUUUGUA